AUAAUAACUAUAAUAUUAUUGAUUGGAACGACCAAAGCUGGAAUGAUAUAUGAAGGAGGUGAUCCUGGUGACUUUGACUUUUAUUUAUUCGUCGAGCAAUGGAUAUACUCAUUCUGUGAUACUCAAUCAUGUUUGCCAGGCAAGGAAAGAGAGGCAUUCACUAUCCACGGUCUGUGGCCAAACAAUAAUGAUGGAAGCUAUCCAAGUUUCUGCAAGGGCCAGCCAUUCGAUGUCGAUGAGAUCGCCGACAUUGAGCCACAGUUGGACACGAUCUGGCCCUCGCUGACAGGACCCAACCCAGACUUUUGGGCACAUGAGUGGAGCAAGCAUGGCACAUGCUCAAUCACCGGUCCGCUGGCCGACCUGCACGACUACUUCUUCGCCACGGUGCACAUCUAUCAGACGUACAACAUUACGGGCGGACUAGCCCAGUUCAAUAUCCUGCCGUCGGACAACGCAACCUACUCGGCGCCAAGUGUUGUAGAUGCCUUGUCCAAACAGUUUGGCGUCACACCACUGAUCCAAUGCACAGGCAAUCGUUUGGUGACCGUUGCAUUCUGUUUGACCAAGGACCUGAAGCUGAUGAGCUGUCCAGCAUUGAACGGAUGGAGUUGCAGUGGCAAUGUAAUCCUUCCUGCAACA